CCCCGCACCGCGCGCUGAGCCCUCAAACUCCUCUCUUCAUCUGAUCCGUUUGCAUCAUCCGAAAUUUUCCGUCCAAACUCAGAGAAAGAUGAAGUUCGUAGCUAUAUGCUUUCUUGCCGUGGCCGUGACUGGGGCUUUCGCAGCGCCCCGGCACCUCAGGAGGAGAGAAGUCAAAUCGGAAGAGGUGCUGGCCGAAAAGGCGCAGGAGGCCGUGCCCCAGGUGCCCCAAGAUGCGAAGGCCGAAGAGCCAUCCUCAACUGUCGUAGCUGCCGUUGAAGAAGACAAACCUGCUCCUGAGCUGAUAAAAGAAGAAUCAUCUGUUCGUCAAGAUGAUCCUCAAGAAGUAUCUAAACAAGAAGAGCCGAAGAAAGAAGAGGUUAAGCCUCAAGAACAACCCGAGGAGAAACCAGUGGAAAAGGAAGAGGUAAAAGUAGAGCAACCACAAGAAACUGCAGCCGAACAUAAGCAAGAUGCUGAACCUAAAACUGAAGUAAAAGAAGAAAUCAAAGAAGUUAAAGCUGAACCUCAGGAACAAGAUAAGAAAGAAGAAGUUGCUGCCGAAGCUGAACCAGAGAAGGCAGCCGUAGAAUCAUCUGACGAGAAACCAAAAGAAGUCGCAGCAGAAGACGUCAUCCAGAGUCGAAGCGACGAGACAGUUGCAGAAGCCAUCGCCAAAGAACCCGUUCCAGAAACUUCUUCUGAAGAAGUCAAGUCCGAAGAAGUCAAGACCGAAGAAGUCAAGUCCGAAGAAGUCAAAUCCGAAGAAGUCAAAUCCGAAGAAGCCAAAUCCGAAGAAGCCAAAUCCGAAGAAGUAAAAGCCGAAGAAGUUAAGUCCGAAGAAGUCAAAUCUGAAGAGAAGAAAGAGGAAAAACUCUCAGCCGAGAGUUCAGAGGAAGUUAAACCAGAAGAGGACAAAUCCGAGGCACCCAAACCCACUGAUGUCAUAGUCAAAUCUUCCGACUCGCUUACUGGAGAAGAGAAAGAAAAAGUACAUGUUGAAGCCUCUCCAGAAAAACCGUCUGAAGUGGAAGCCGAAAAGCCCGUAGAAGUUGCCGCCCCAGUCGAGGCCCCUUCAUCGGAAGCCCCAAAGACGGAAGUUCCAAGCUCUCCCUCAAGUCCAGUGGUCGAACCCGUCGCUGCCACCGAAGUCUCCAAGAAGGAAUAAGACCUGAACUUCGCAUCACAUUCCCUUCAAAAGGGACGAAUCAUCAUCAACUCGAGAUCGAAAAAUCCUACUAUUAUUUAUGAUUAAAAAAAUGAACUUUUUGCUCAUCGAUUUCUGCCGAAAUUUCCUGCUGUAUAGGUCGACGUUGGAACAGUUUUUUGCCAAUCUCGUUAGUUUUUACCCCAUCAGAGGAUUUUGCCUCUUUUUAACAGAUUUUAGUUUCUAUGAAACUUCUACCAUCCUUCUUUUUGAAAAGGUCCUGAAACAUCAGUUUCAAGUACACUUCUGCUGAAUGUAUUUAUGAUUGAAAUUUCCUCGCAUACCCUUCCAGGAAGGUAGCCAAGGAAAGCUUUCUUUCUGGUAAAUUUCAUUGAAUAAUUGUCUGAUACAUUUCGUUGAAUAAUAAAAUGUAAAUAGCCUUUUAAGCACACUUGCUACGAAUGCACAUUGAAUAGAUUUAGUUGCAUGUGUUUCCUAAGGUACACUUUGUGGAUGCAUCUUGAACGCAAUUAGCUGUUAAUGAUUUGAAUAUUUUUCAAUGAAUUUAGUCGGAGUACACUUUGACAAAUGUAUCUUGACCAUAUUUCAUUGAAUACAUUUGUAGUCUUUCUUCGAAAGUUUUUUACGCACUGAAUUCUGCUCUUCUGAACACAUGACUUUCUAUGAAAAGCAAUUCUUAAUUACAAAACAUUUAACAACUUUUCCAAGCAACCCUAGAAUUAUUGGUUGUCUGCUGAAUCAUUGAUAGCCCUCCGUCCAUCUCUUUCCAACUUAGACCGCGAGAAACGCGAAAACUCUUACCAAUGUCGGCCUAGGUACAAGGAAAUUUCGAGAAAGAAACUAGGAGUGAGACUCAGCCGUGGAGCAUUUUGAGAAACAAAAACCGUUUUCAGUGUGCUUGAAACGGGGGCUGUCGUCUAUCUGAGAAUCUGUGGAAUGACCGAGCUGGCUCUGUUGUCGUUUCAAAGAUUUACCGACUGCAACACCCCGAAAAGUGUUGGGGAACACGCCGGGAGAAAGGAUCCUCUAUUUUUAUGAGGUAUCGGUGUUUUAUUGUUGUAUGCAUUAGAAUGAAAUUAAUAAAGUUUCUCUUUCUAAUUUAUGAAUAA